AACAAACCCGACCCACCGCAAACUUGUCCGACUCAACACUCUGUCCGUCAAAUCGAGUCGUUGCAGAAAAUGGCCGACAAAUACAUCCCCGAGCACCGCCGCACGACGUUCAAGGCCAAGAGCGCGUUCAAGCCGGAUGAACUCCGUCGCCGCCGUGAAGAGCAACAGGUCGAGAUCCGUCGAGCAAAGCGUGAAGAGAAUCUUGCCAAGCGCCGUGGUAUUUCUGGACGAGACCAACCCGGUGCCUCAUUGGGCGCUGCCCCCGAUAGCGACGAUGAGGGCGGCAACAUUGAGAGCCAGCUGAACGAAGAGCUCCCCCAGAUGGUAAAGGGCGUCUUCUCGGAACAGAUCGAUGAGCAGAUCCAGGCCACAACCAAGUUCCGUAAGCUCCUGUCCAAGGAGCGCAACCCGCCCAUUGAGCGCGUUAUCGAGACGGGCGUAGUGAGCCGCUUUGUCGAGUUCCUCCGCUCACCCCACACACUGGUACAAUUCGAGGCUGCUUGGGCCCUUACCAACAUCGCCUCUGGCUCGGCACAGCAGACACAGGUCGUCAUCGAGGCGGGCGCAGUGCCCAUCUUUGUCGAGCUGCUAAGCAGCCACGAGCCAGAUGUGCGCGAGCAGGCUGUCUGGGCCCUAGGUAACAUUGCUGGAGACAGCCCCGCAUGCCGCGACUUUGUACUGCAGGCGGGUGCUCUCCGCCCGCUGCUUGCUCUGUUGGGUGACAGCCGCAAGCUGAGCAUGCUGCGCAAUGCCACAUGGACCCUCAGCAACUUCUGCCGUGGCAAGACCCCUCAGCCCGACUGGCAAACUAUCCAGCCCGCCCUUCCCGUGCUUGCUAAGCUUGUCUACUCCCUUGAUGACGAGGUCCUCAUCGACGCCUGCUGGGCCAUCUCAUAUUUGUCCGAUGGCUCCAACGACAAGAUCCAGGCCGUCAUCGAGGCUGGCAUCCCCCGCCGUCUUGUCGAGCUGCUGAUGCACGCCUCCACGUCCGUCCAGACACCCGCCCUGCGCUCGGUCGGCAACAUUGUCACUGGCGAUGACGUCCAGACCCAAGUCAUCAUCAACUGCGGCGCGCUCCCAGCCCUGUUGUCACUCCUCAGCUCCACCAAGGAUGGUAUCCGCAAGGAGGCUUGCUGGACCAUCUCCAACAUCACUGCCGGCAACUCUACUCAGAUUCAGGCUGUCAUUGACGCCAACAUUAUUCCCCCCCUGAUCCACCUCCUCCAGAAUGGCGACUUCAAGACACGAAAGGAGGCAUGCUGGGCUAUUUCCAACGCCACAAGCGGUGGUCUGCAGAAGCCUGCUCAGAUCCGUUACCUCGUCCAGAGCGGCUGCAUCAAGCCCCUCUGUGACCUGCUCGCAUGCCCCGACAACAAGAUUAUCCAAGUCGCCCUCGAUGGUCUAGAGAACAUUCUCAAGGUCGGAGAGAUGGACAAGGAGGCCAGCGAGGGUGGUGCUGGUGGCGAGCCCAUCAACCGCUACGCUCUCUUCAUCGAGGAGGUUGGCGGCAUGGAGAAGAUCCACGAGUGCCAGAACAACGCCAACGAGGAGAUUUACAUGAAGGCGUACAACAUCAUCGAGAAGUACUUUUCCGACGACGAGGGUGAGGCAGAGAACAUGGCUGAGGGCGGACCCCAGGUCAACCAGGAGGGUCACUUUGGCUUUGGAGCUGCUGGCCAGCAGCAACAACAAAACUUCAACUUUGCCAAUGGAGGCGACUCAAUGGACAUGUAAGCGGAUGAUAUAUUCGCGACGAGCGCCAAUGAGUUGAGAGGGGGCAUGGUCAGCCAUGCAGCGCUCCCUUGAUGACCCUAGCCAGCCACGAGAGGGCGACUAGAGGAGUUUGCCAGUGCCCUGGAAGGGGUUUGAGAUCAUAUACGAUAUGAUACGUGACCCGGGGAAGAGGCAUGAUUGCGGGGACUUUGAGUUUUCCUUUGCAAAUGUUGCCAUGUUUUCGCAGCCUUCACUUCGCCAUGAUUUCUAUGAAGCCUCUACGAUACACCGUCUUGUAACCCUCCCAUGUUUGUUAUCCGCAUCAUAUCCCCGGCGUUGUGUUUGGCUGGCUCUCUGUCUGAAGCUCGGGGCGGUUUGGACUGGGCGGCCUGCUCUGCAAAGGGCGCUCUUGACAUUUGGGUGCGAGGGCGAAAAUAUAUAGUCUCAGUUCAGUCGUGCCGGCCAGAUAGCUGAAUUUAUUAUCGCCAAUCCAUUGAUGUUUUGCUG